AAGAGAGGAGCAUUUGGAAAGGAGAGCUGGCAUCUGAAAGCUGAGGGGGAUCAGUGAGGAGAGACAGCAGAAAAUGGAAUUAAGGACAUCAAUCCUUGGCCACCAUCCCCAUUUCAGCCCCGCUUCGCAGCCUGCGAAGAAUGCAUGAGGGAAAGGCAGAGAGGAGGCGUUAAGAACUGCUGAUCGGAGGAGAGGAGGAGGAGAGCAGAGGGGAGGAUUCUGACGCCAUCAUGCAGCAAAGUAUCAUGUCAUUUUUUCAGCCCAAGAAGGAGGGCAAAGUGAAGAAGCCAGAGAAGGAGACAUCCAACAGCGCCAGAGAAGCAGAGUCCCCUCCAAAGGUGGCGCUGAAGGAGCGGAACAGAGUGGUGUCCGAGGACGACUCUCCAGUGAAGAGGCCGGGGAGGAAGGCGGCCCGGGUCCUGGGCAGCGAAGGGGAGGAGGAGGAGGAGGAGGAAGCCCCCACGUCCCCCAAAAGCCAGAAGCCUGCUCCAGACUCUCCACAAGUCUCCCCUUCCAGUCCUGUCACACUGCCUGAGAGCAGCCCUUCCCUCUCCAGCACGUCUCCAAAGGUCACCUCCCCAUCGGGGAUCCCGAAGCGUCGCACAGCCCGGAAGCAGCUUCCCAAACGGACAUUUCAGGAUGUCCUGGAAGAGCAGGACGAGGACAAGGAAAGAGAACCCAAGAGGAAGAAGGAGGAGGAAGAAGAAGCAGAGACACCAACAGAAAGCCUCACAGAGCCUGAAGGGGGCAAAAGGAAGGAAGCAGAAGAAGGGGACCUGCCCACAACACCCCCUGAGCCCUUGAAGACCUCCACAGAGCCCCCGACAGAAAGUGUUUCAGAACCCAAGAUGGCGGUGAAGCAAGGACCACAGGAGGACAAUCAGGCUAAGCCUCCCCCCAAAGCUCCCAAGAUGCUCAGCAGUUUCUUCUCCCCCAGGAAGCCAGCAAUCAAAAAAGAAGAGAAAGAAGAAGGACCCAGCGCUCUGAGAAAGGAUGAGACCAAGGGACAGCUGGACCCACCCAGCUACAAUCCUGCCAAGAACAACUACCAUCCCAUGGAAGAUGCCUGCUGGAAGGCGGGCCAGAGGGUCCCUUAUCUGGCUGUGGCACGGACGUUUGAAAAGAUCGAGGAGGUUUCUGCUCGGCUCCGGAUGGUGGAGACGCUGAGCAACUUUCUGCGCUCCGUGGUGGCCCUGUCACCUGCUGACCUCCUCCCCGUCCUCUACCUCAGCCUCAACCGCCUGGGGCCGCCCCAGCAGGGCCUGGAGCUUGGCAUCGGCGACGGCAUCCUCCUCAAGGCGGUGGCCCAGGCCACGGGUCGGCAGCUCGCGUCGGUCCGGGCCGAGGCGGCCGAGAAGGGCGACGUGGGGCUGGUGGCCGAGAGCAGCCGCAGCACCCAGAGGCUCAUGCGGGCCCCGCCCGCCCUCACCGCCGCAGGCGUCUUCGCCAAGUUCCGGGACAUCGCGCAGCUGGCCGGCAGCGCUUCCACAGCCAAGAAGAUGGACAUCAUCAAAGGCCUCUUUGUGGCCUGCCGCCACUCAGAAGCACGAUUCAUCGCCAGAGCCCUGAGUGGACGGCUGCGCCUUGGGCUGGCAGAGCAGUCAGUGCUGGCGGCCCUCGCCCAGGCCGUGAGCCUCACCCCCCCAGGUCAAGAACUCCCCCCAGCCGUGGUGGAUGCCGGGAAGGGCAGGACAGCCGAGGCCAGGAAGACGUGGCUGGAGGAACGAGGCAUGAUCCUGAAGCAGACGUUCUGCGAGGUGCCCGACCUGGACCGGAUCGUCCCCGUGCUGCUGGAGCAUGGCCUGGAGCAGCUCCCGGAGCACUGCAGGCUGAGCCCAGGGAUCCCCCUGAAGCCAAUGUUGGCCCACCCCACCCGGGGCGUCAGCGAGGUCCUGAAGCGCUUUGAGGAGGCAGCUUUCACCUGCGAGUACAAAUACGACGGGCAGAGGGCCCAGAUCCACUUUCUGGAAGGCGGAGAGGUGAAGAUCUUCAGCAGGAAUCAGGAGGACAAUACUGGAAGGUACCCUGACAUCAUCAGCCGCAUCCCCAAGAUUAAACUCCCAUCAGUCACAUCCUUCAUCCUGGACACAGAAGCCGUGGCUUGGGACCGGGAAAAGAAGCAGAUCCAGCCAUUCCAAGUGCUCACCACCCGCAAACGCAAGGAGGUGGAUGCGGCGGAGAUCCAGGUGCAGGUGUGUCUGUACGCCUUCGACCUCAUCUACCUCAGUGGAGAGUCCUUGGUACGUGAGCCCCUUUCCCGACGCCGGCAGCUGCUCCGGGAGAACUUUGUGGAGACGGAGGGCGAGUUUGUUUUCGCCACCUCCCUGGACACCAAGGACACGGACCAGAUCGCCGAGUUCUUGGAGCAGUCGGUGAAAGACUCCUGCGAGGGGCUGAUGGUGAAGACCCUGGAUGUGGACGCCACCUACGAGAUCGCCAAGAGGUCGCACAACUGGCUCAAGCUGAAGAAGGACUACCUUGACGGUGUGGGCGACACCCUGGACCUCGUGGUGAUCGGCGCCUACCUGGGCCGGGGGAAGCGGGCCGGCCGGUACGGGGGCUUCCUGCUGGCCUCCUACGACGACGAGAGCGAGGAGCUGCAGGCCAUAUGCAAGCUUGGAACUGGCUUCAGCGACGAGGAGCUGGAGGCGCAUCACCAGACCCUCCAGGCCCUGGUGCUGCCCGCCCCACGCUCCUACGUCCGAGCUGACGGCGCCGUGGCCCCGGACCACUGGCUGGACCCCAGCGCGGUGUGGGAGGUGAAGUGCGCAGACCUCUCCCUCUCCCCCAUCUACCCCGCUGCCCGGGGCCUGGUGGAUAGCGAGAAGGGAAUCUCCCUUCGCUUCCCUCGGUUUAUCCGCGUCCGUGAGGACAAGAAGCCAGAGGAGGCCACCACCAGUGCCCAGGUGGCCUGUCUAUACAAGAAGCAAAGUCAGAUUCAGAACCAGCAGGGUACAGAGCCAGACUCUGACCUGGAAGAUUUCUACUAGGCCCCCUGCUCUCCCUGGGGGUGGAGGGCAGCAGAGGGGACCCAGGGGCAUCGCCUCGUGCUCAGCACAUCUGGUGUUGCUGUGUGCGUGGGUUUUAAGAGUCGUGUGUGUGUGUGUGUGUGUGUGAGGGGGUGGUUUCAGCUGGGUUCUGGGGUUCGGUCAUUUUUUUUCAAUAAAUAAUUAUUGAACACCUGCUCUGUGUCCUUGCUGGCCUCUGGGGGUACAGCCCUGACAGCUCACACUUUGGUAACGAGUAACAGUGUGCCAGGAAUGGUCGAAAC